CCGGCGCGCAGGCGCUGGUUUAGCCGUUGCCGGCGGCUCGGAUGCGUGUUAUUUUGUGGUCGUCGCCGGCGUUUGCGUCGUGUCAGUUCCCACUGACUGCCUGGGUCUCUCUCUCCGCAGCGAGCCAUGUCCUCUCCCAGGAGCGCCUCCCCGCAGCAGCACGACGGGGCCGCAGGGUACGCCUCUGCCUUCGCGUCUGCACGCUCGGCCGCUUCCUCCUCCGCGUCGGGCCGCGGCAAGACGUUGGCGGAUGCCCGCGUCUCCGAGGAACUGGAGAUCGCGUUGGACCUGGCGCUGGAGCGGUUCUUGUGCAGCGAUGAUCAAGAGAUGGCGUUUCCUUCGUCUUUUACUUCUACCGAAAGAGCCUAUGUUCACCGGUUGUGCCAGUCUCUUGGUUUGAUAUCUAAAAGUAAAGGGAAAGGAUCGAGUCGAUACCUAACUGUCAGGAAAAAGAAUGGAUCGCAAGUAGCUCAUGCAGAAAUGACUUGUUGUUUGACUCCCAGAACGAAACAGGCUGUUCACAGUUUAAUUCAAAGAUUUCCUCUCACAAAGAAAGAACGAAUAGAACUUCUGCCAAAGAAGCAGCGAGGAAAUGCAUUUGCUGUUGAAACUGAAAACAAAGAAGUUGGGAAGACGAGCGGAAGGCUUAGCAGUGGUAUUCCUCAAGUCCCGCUGAAAAGAGGGGAGUCGGAAUAUGACUCCUUUAGGCAGUCAUUGCCAGUUUUUGAAAAGAAGGAGGAAAUUGUCAAAAUAAUAAAGGAAAAUAAAGUUGUUCUCAUUGUAGGAGAGACUGGAUCAGGAAAAACCACUCAAAUUCCUCAGUUCCUUCUUGAUGACUGCUACGAAAAUGGAAUUCCCUGUCGUAUGUUUUGCACUCAGCCAAGACGUUUGGCAGUUAUUGCUGUGGCUGAAAGAGUAGCAGCAGAAAGAAGGGAAAAGGUUGGCCAGACAGUUGGCUAUCAGCUCCUAUUAGAAAGCAGGGUUUCUCCAAGGACACUGUUAACGUUUUGCACAAAUGGCAUACUGCUUCGCAUGCUGAUGGCAGGAGACAGUGCUCUAUCAACAGUAACACAUGUUAUUGUGGAUGAAGUACAUGAGAGGGAUCGAUUCAGUGAUUUCUUGUUAAUAAAACUGCGAGAUAUAUUGCAAAACCAGACUAAUUUAAAACUAAUCAUUUCUAGUGCUGCUCUAGAUGCGAAUCUCUUUAUUGAGUAUUUUGGAAGUUGCCCAGUAAUACACAUCCAAGGAAGACCAUUUGAAGUUAAAGAGAUGUUUUUGGAGGACAUUCUACGAAGCACUGGGUACACAAACAAAGAGAUGAUAAAAUACAGAAAGGAGAAGCAGCGAGAAGAAAAGCAGCAAAGCACUCUCACUGAGUGGUGUUCUGCUCAAGAAAGUAGUAGCAACCCAGAAUCACGGAGCAGAAAAUCUGUUGCAAGUGUAUCUGAAGAGUAUAAUCUGCUGGACAGCAGUGGUGACACAGUUUUUAAUGCUCUGGUUGAGAGAGAUGCAAGUUGUCUUGAACCAUGGCUAAUAAAAGAAAUGGAUUCUUGUCUUUCUGACAUCUGGUUACAUAAAGAUGUUGAUUCCUUUGCUCAGGUGUUCCAUUUCAUCUUAACUGAAAACGUCAGUGUUGAUUAUAGGCACAGUGAAACCAGUGCAACUGCACUAAUGAUAGCUGCAGGGAGAGGCUUUCUAAGUCAAGUAGAGCAAUUGAUCAGUAUGGGAGCAAGUGUCCACUGCAAAUCAUCCAAUGGCUGGAUGGCUUUAGACUGGGCUAAGCACUUUGGACAAACAGAGGUGGUUGACCUGUUGGAAUCUUACAGUGCUUCAAUGGAAUUUGGAAAUCUGGAUGAAAGUUCUCUGGUCCAAGCAAAUGGUAAUGACCUUGGAACAGAGGACAGAGAGUUGUUGAAAGCUUAUCAUCACAGUUUUAAUGAUGAGAAGGUGGAUUUCGACCUGAUCAUGCACUUACUUUACAACAUCUGCAAUAGUUCUGAUGGGGGAGCAAUUUUAAUAUUUCUUCCUGGAUACGAUGAGAUAGUUAGCUUGAGAGACCGAAUUAUUUUUGAUGACAAGAGAUUUGUUGAUAAUGCACACAGAUACCAAGUAUUCACACUUCAUUCAAAUAUGCAAACUUUGGAUCAGAAGAAUGUGCUUAAAACUCCGCCUUCUGGCAUCCGCAAAAUAAUUCUUUCUACUAAUGUUGCAGAAACCAGUAUCACAGUCAGUGAUGUUGUAUUUGUUAUUGAUUCGGGAAAGAUGAAGGAGAAGUCUUUUGAUGCUCUGAGUUGUGUUACAAUGUUAAGAACUGUGUGGAUUUCAAAAGCCAGUGCUAUCCAGAGAAGAGGGAGAGCUGGGCGCUGUCGGCCUGGAGUCUGCUUCCAUCUCUUCAGCAAGCUCCGAUUUCAGAAUAUGUUGGAAUUUCAGACUCCGGAACUUCAAAGAAUGCCGCUUCAGGAGCUUUGUUUGCACACAAAACUACUGGCUCCAGUUAAUUGCCCAGUUGUUGACUUUCUCAUGAAAGCUCCUGAUCCUCCACCAGCUUUAAUUGUGAGGAACGCCAUACAAAUGCUCAAGAAAAUAGAUGCCAUGGAUGUUUGGGAAGACCUCACUGAACUUGGUUAUCAUCUUGCCGAAUUACCAGUAGAGCCACACCUUGGUAAAAUGGUGCUGUGUGCUGUUGUUUUGAAGUGCCUGGAUCCCAUUCUCACUAUUGCUUGCACUCUCGCGUAUCGAGAGCCUUUUGUUCUACCUAUGGUGGCCUCUCAAAAGCGUGCAGCUAUGCUGUGCAGAAAACGUUUAGCUGCAGGAACAUUUAGUGACCAUAUGGUGCUCCUCAGGGCUUUCCAGGCAUGGCAGAAGGCACGACGUGACGGCUGGGAGAGGGUCUUCUGUGAAAAAAACUUUCUUUCUCAAGCUACAAUGGAAAUCAUCACAGGGAUUAGAACUCAGUUACUUGGUCAGCUUAGAGCUUCAGGUUUUGUCAGAGCCAGAGGAAGUGCUGAUAUUAGAGAUGUUAAUGCUAACUCUGAAAACUGGGCUGUGGUUAAAGCUGCCUUAGUGGCUGGGAUGUACCCCAAUCUUGUGCAUGUGGACAGGGAAAACCUGGUUUUGACAGGCCCAGAAGAGAAGAAAGUGCGAUUUCAUCCUACGUCUGUUCUUAGCCAGGCUCAGUACAAAAAGAUUCCGCCAUCAAAUGGGCAAGCUGCAGCUGUUCAGGCACUCCCUACUGACUGGCUUAUAUAUGAUGAAAUGACAAGAGCUCGCAGGAUAGCAAAUAUCAGAUGUUGUUCAGUUGUAACACCUGUCACUGUGGCACUCUUCUCUGGACCAGCUAGGUUACCACAUAAUGCUUUGGAAGAGCCUUUGUCCUUUCGAGGAAAUAGGGUAGCUAAUGAUGACAGCGAUAGUGGGAUGGAGGACGAAAGAUCCAAUGUGGCACUACUGAAGCUAGAUGAAUGGCUCCAUUUCAAAUUGGACUCUGAAGUUGCUGGUUUGCUGAUGCAGCUCAAACUCAAGUGGCAUAACUUACUUCUGCGCCGUAUGAGAGCUCCUUCUAAACCUUGGUCUCAAGCUGAUGAAAUAACUAUAAGAACAAUUGUAUCUGUUUUAAGUACUGAAGAACAGUUUGCGGGAUUGCUGCAGCCUUCAGGAGUUGGUCAGAGGCCAAGGCCUGUUUCUUACAAUGAACUUCCUUCAGCACCUACCUGGAGGUCAGCCAGCACCUCAGCAGAAAAUGAAUUAUCUGUUGAUUCCUCUAAUGCUGAAAAAGUUCUGAGGAAGUCUGCACAUCCAGCAUUUCAUCAGCCAAGGAGAUACAAAGAGAAAAACAUUUUGUCUUCCAAACGAACAUCAGAUGAGAAGUCAGAUCAGUCAUCAGUGAAAUCUACAGGCAGCAGUUCCUGUCCUAGCCCACGUGCCAGUCCUUCUCCAAUGUCUGGAAAGGAGCUAGACCCGCUAAUUGGAGAGCAGUUGCUCCAGCUCUGGGAUCAUACUACUUCAGCAGGAAAAAGCUCAACUGACAACGUAAAGUAAUAAAACAGAACCCUGGGUGUCAAAAAUUACUUAAAGCCAGAAAUGUGCCUCCAGUGAGAAGAUGAGGAAGAAGAUGGUGCAACAAGGCCUGAAAGUGUUAGUGAUGCUGUGCAGCUAGCACUGGAAGAGUAAAAGGAAAUAAAGUUGACUGUAAUAUUUCUCAUGUAUUAACAAAAAUCUUAACGUUGUUCACCCGCCUGAUUUCAAGUGAAUUAUUUUUUUCUACAGUAAAAUAUUUAGUGUGUAGGUGAUUUUCAGAAAUAGGGUUAAAUUAAGAACAAAAUCUGCCAUUGUGCUUACUGAGUUUUAAAUGGCACAGCAAGUACAGUUUGAACUGUUGAAGUACACAGUUACGUUCAAAGCUUUUUCAGCAUGAGUGGUAAAGAAACCAGUGUAAUAAUUGGUCUUGUGUGUUGUUGAAAUGAAAUAAAUUUCCUUUACUAAAAUGAAUGAAAGAUUUCCUUAAGUAUUAGUUGACGUUCCAUGUGAGAAAUCAAUAUGUAUUCAUACAAACAAUUGAGCAGCUGGAGAAUAUAGAAGUUCACUGAAAUAUGUAAAUCAAAGGGAGUGUGAGACUCCUUUGAGAGUUGUCUUGUUUGAUGUCUGCUCCCAGUUGGUAGUUUUACACCUUGUUAACGAUGAGCGUAGUUUACUAAGUCUCAGUUGCGUGGUAAUGGGUGAAAGUCAAGUAGGGCCCCACUGUGGGCAUUCUUAGGAGGGGAUUUGGGUUCAUUAAAAAAUAACUGCCAGCACAGCUUUCUUUGAUUACCGAGUUUCUCUUUACAGGUUAAGUUCUUGCUUUGUAAGAUUAGUGUCAAUUCCCUCUAUUUGCUGUCAGCACGAUGUUUGUAGUUGAUGUUAAAAUAAACACAGAGCGUUUUCUGCCUCUGA